UUCCCGGGAUUCCACACAGGAAGGUCACACCAUCCCCCACCAUCAUCAGGUAGGUGGAGUUGGGCAUGAAGAACUUGACACAUCUUAUUUUUUAUUAAAUCUGUUUUUCAUGUAUUGACAGAUGUUUUGUGGUUUUAGUGUGAAGAACUAAAAAAUGAAGUUAAAAAAGAAGAAGAAGAGACAUGCGUGAUUGGUGAUCAACAUCUAGCGGAGGAGGUUGGGAUAAUGGUGACUAUUAAAGAGGAGGAAUCUUCCCUAGAAAUAGGUUCAGAUGAACAUGAUGUCCAUCCCAACCAAUUAUCCAUAAAAUGUGAACAGAAUCUGGAUCUACAUCACAAAGAACACACCGCAGAGUGUCUGUUUUCCUGUUCCGAGUGCAGGAAAUGUUUUAGGUCAAGGAAAGACCUAGUGGAACAUCGAAGAUGCCACAGCGAAGAACAGAUAGUCGACAGCAGCGAGAUCCUCUAUUCGUGUCCAGAGUGCCGGAAAUCCUUUAAAAGACAUUGCGAACUUCGUAAACACCAAAGAGCUCACGUGAAAAAGUGGCCUUGCUCCGAAUGUGAGAAAACCUUCUUUACGAAACUCGAACUCAGUAACCACCAGAGAGUUCACACCGGCGGGGAGACCUUCUCGUGUUCCGAGUGCGGGAAAUAUUUCAAGUCAAAAUCCCGACUCUAUACGCACGAUAAACAGUGCCACCGCGAGAAACAGACGUUGGGCUAUUCGUGUUCCGAAUGCGGGAGAUGUUUUGGAAGGAACAGCGACCUUUGUACACAUCGGAAAUCUCACGUCGUGAAGUGGACCUGCUCGGAAUGCGAGAAACCCUUCACGACGAAAAGGGACCUCGUCAGCCACCAGAGAACUCACACCGGUGAGGACUUUUCCUGUUCUCAGUGCGGAAAAAGUUUUGGAAGCAAGCACGGACUUACCGCACAUCGAAAGGCUCACAUGAGCAACUGGUCUUGCUCGGAGUGUGAGAAAACCUUCGUAACGCAAUUACAACUCAUCAAACACCAGAUCGUUCACACCGGAGAGAAGCCCUUCUCCUGUUCCGAGUGCAGCAAAAGUUUCUUCUGUAAACAGAGCCUCAGGAAUCACAUGCUGAUCACUCACGAGAAGCAGUUUUCCUGUCCGGAGUGCGGGAGAUGUUUCCCUUACCGAAAGUCUCUUCUUGACCACCAAGCCACUCACAUGGGCGACCCUCCUUACGCCUGUCCCAAGUGCGAGAAGUCAUUUGAUUCGAAGUCCGAAUUCACCCUACACCAGGCGGUCCACGACGGCGCGACGUUCCCGUGCUCGGAGUGCGACAAAUCGUUUCUUCGGAAGCCUCAACUCGUUAUACACCAAAGGAACCACACCGGCGAGAAGCCGUUUGCUUGUCCCGAGUGCGGCAGAGGCUUCACCUACAAAGCCCUCCUCAGAUCCCAUUUGAAGACCCACACCGGCGAGCCUUUACUUUCCUGCCCAGACUGCGGGAAGAAAAUACGGGGGAAAAAAAGUCUCGUCGUCCACCAGAGAAUUCACACGGGCGAGCGUCCUUUCCCCUGCCUCGAGUGCGGCAAGUCCUUCAAGGCCAAGUUUACGCUCACCGCCCACAAAAAGAUACACCUAGGAGAGAGGAGGUUUAAUUGUUCAGAGUGCGGGAAAUCCUUCUUGAGAAAACUGCAGCUUAUAACGCACCAGCGGACCCACACCGGUGAGAGGCCGUUCCCGUGUUCCGUGUGCGGCAAAAGCUUCGCUCAAAAAGGGACCCUCGAUUCCCAUUUUAAACUCCAUAUCGGAGAGAAGACGUUUUCUUGUUCGGAGUGCGGGAAAUCCUUCCUGAAAAAAUCGCAACUUGUAUCGCACGAGAGGAAACACACCGGCGAGAGGCCGUUCUUGUGUUCCGUGUGUGGGAAAAGUUUUACUCUAAAAUGGAGCCUCCAAACCCAUUAUAAGCUCCACCCUGGAGAGAAGCCAAUUUUAUGAUCCGAAUGCGGGAAAGGUUUUUAAAAAAAUUGGAAAAUGUUAGGCACCGGAAAAGUCACAUGGGUGAGCCUCCUUUUUCAAAGUGCGGGACACGUUUCAUGCAAAAAGAGGUUUUAGUUAAACAUCAGAAGGAACAAGGACACUGAAGGUGGAAAGAAACUGAAAAUGUUUGUUCAUAAAAUAUAUUGGAGCCUUGCGUGAUAUAGAUGAGGAGGACCCAAAGCAUGCCCAAAUGCUACAAGCACCAGACCAAUGAUGGAAGAGUCCAAAAAAUGCUUUAGUUUUUCAUACAAUAGUCAUAUAGCCUCAAACGUGUUUUGGGGGCCACACUCCCUUCAUCAGCAGUUUUUUUUUUUCCUCAGGCAAUUGGUGCAGGUACUCCCCCUUUUUGAGUUACCCCUUGUCUUUGCCCCCUACCCACCUCUGAGCACCAUCCCUUGGUUCCACCAUCUUCCCAUCUCUGAGCACCGGCCCUUGGUUCCACCAUCUUCCCAUCUCUGAGCACCGGCCCUUGGUUCCAACCCCUUCCCACCCCUGAGCACCGGCCCUUGGUUCAUACACCUUCCCACCUCUGAGCACCAGCCCUUGGUUCUACCCCCUUCCCACCUCUGAGCACGGUCCUUUGGUUCCAGCCACUUCCCACCUCUGAGCACCGCUGAUUUUGUGUUAGUAAAGGACGAUUCGCGCUUUUCUGUCUAUUACAGCGUGAUG